AUGGACUUUGCAUUCCCCCUGGAGAAGGUGGAUGCCCAGCAGAUCCAGAAGGCUCAAGCCAUCCCUGUCCUGCAGGAGCUGACCCAGCAGGUCCUGAUCCUCUUCAGCUCAAAGGACUCAUCUGCUGCUUGGGAGACACGCCUCCUAGACACAUUGUGCACUGGCCUCGACCAGCAGCUCAAAGACCUGCAAGCCUGUCUAAUGCAGCAGAUGGAGGUGCGUGAUCAUUCCCCGAGCCAGGAAGACUCUCUGGUGGCUGUGAGGAACUACUUCCACAGGAUCACUGUCUACCUGAAGGAGAAGAAACACAGCCCCUGUGCCUGGGAGGUGGUCAGAGUAGAAGUAAGGAGAGCCCUGUCUUCCUCAGCCAACCUGCUGGCAGGAUAG